AUGUCCCAACCUUGCCAGAUGAACGCACCUCAAGGCAGCUCUGUAGGAAACCCAGUCAGUGGGCCACCACGAAGCGAGGAAGUCAAUACACCAAGCAUCAUGAGACCUGGAAUAGAUCUCGAACGCCAAGCAGGAAACUGGGGGGGAGAAAGGGGUUGGGCUCGCAUGUGUCGGCAGAUGCAGCAAGAUAAAAGACACAUGGUCGCACCCCGACUGUCAAACAUAAGCUCGCGCUGUAUUAUGCUUCAAGCGAACCGCAUGGUGACUCUUUAUGACGAGGCCAAAAAAGCAUUCGAAUCGGGCAGAGAAGAUGCGAACACAAACGAAAAGCUUGUGGAGGAAUACCUAAAGUAUUCACAGGUGCUGAUUCAAACAAGCCAGGUGCUCGCACUCGACAAGCCAGGCAGCUAUUUCUUGAGAAAUCUCUUGCCUUCCUUCAGAGCUAUGUUAAAGGGAGAGGGCGGUAAGUACCUCGACGCGCCGAUCCACGACUGGGCAUCGCUCUCGCAACCAGACAGGCUUGACCAGCUCAUCUGCCUUGCCGGAUACACAAGGGUCGGCCGAGUCCUUCUUACACCGUUCCUAUCAGGGCAAGAGGAGGUUGGUGAUAAUGAUCAGUAUCUCUACAACGAAGGGGCCAUACGGUUUAUAAGCAUCACCAUCUUCAGCUCCAUUAUCGCCUUGUUUGCCUGCGCUCCAGCUGCUAUUCAGUCCCUGAACGUUCGAUCAACAGUUGGCGAAGUAGUUGUGUAUCUCGUGUUUGUGAUCGUGUUUGGCUGGAUAAGCCAGGGACUGAUUUUGGGAUUUGAGAAAGUUUUGCUCUCCUGUCUUGCCUACGCCGGCUUGAUGGCAACCCUCCUCCGAGGGGGUUGA